CGCGCAGUAGAUAGCACACAUCAGAACGAUGAAGAUCCACUGCCUUGUUUCAUACGUGUUGGUUUGUGGCGUCGUUUCGCUUUCUCUCGGAGCAUCAUUGUUCGAGGGGGAAUUACAGCAGUUGACCAGAAGACAGGAAUCCUUCGAUUGCAUACCACCCCCGAGGGUCGAAAUCGCAUUCUGUUUAGACGCCUCAAAGAGCAUCAAAGUUCGAGAAUUUAAGGAUAUACUUGUUUUUAUCAAGGAAUUCAUCACAGCAUAUAAUAUAGGACCAGACGCGGCACAGGUUGCGCUGGCAACAUUUAGCGUCAAAACAACAACCAUUUUUGAUCUAAAUGAUAACUCCGACUUGGAUGGAAUUAUUGGUGAUAUCGAUAUAUUGAGCUCGGAGAGGAUCAAGGAAGUUCGAGGAGAUAGAACGAACACGUCCGGGUGUUUGUACAGGUUGAAAGACGAGAUAUUUACGGAACAGAAUGGAAUGCGCGCUGGCGUGCACAAGAUCGCAAUCGUUGUUACUGACGGACGGCCAAACUCGGACAAAGAGUUCACAAUACCGUAUGCCAACGACAUUAAAAAUGGUGGUACCAUGAUCUUCGCCAUAGGAAUUGGACAAAAACUGAGACCGGAUUUCUUAUAUCAAAUAGCGUCUGAGCCUACAGACGAUCACGUCAUCUUGGUAAAAAGUGCAGAACACUUGAUGAGCUUAAAAACAGCCAUUGCCAGGAAAAUAUGCAGACACGUUGAAGUCCACUGUGAGCAAGACCCGCAGGCUGUAGAUCAUCACCAAAAACUGGACGAGGCCGACGCCAGCCUGGCUUUGAUCAGAACGCUUCUUAGCGAUCUACGGGACAGCUGCGUGGAAAACAGAUGUCCUGACUGUUUCACGAUGAACGAAACACUUGGCACUUGCUAUCGAUUCGGCCAUGAAUUCGACAAGGUGACUUGGGCGGAUGCUGACUUAUUCUGCGCAGAAAACUUCGGAGCACGCUCGGCAUCCGUCACGUCUCCAGAGGAACGGGAAUUCAUCCGGGCACAAACCGGAGAUGAUAAGAGUUGGUGGAGUAGUGGCAACGAUUUGGGAACAGCGGACAAGUUUACCUGGGCGGACAGCGGUAAACUGAUGACCGAAGAUGCCUCUAGCUUGGGCAAGAACGCACCGAACCAGCGUUGCGUGAAGCUCCGGGAGAACACGCUGGAACCAGAUGCGACACCUUGUGACGAGUUGCACCAUGUCAUAUGUAAGACGUUGAUAUAA